CAGCCCGGGGAGGGGAACGCGCGACGUUCAUUUCCUCACUAUUCUCCCAUCAUUCUUCACUUCAUUAGACGUGAUGACAUCACACUUCGGCUCCUCUGAUUGUGUACACACGUGCAGUUUGCCCCGUCUAUACCCGAGCUCAGCAAAUCUGCAAUCUACAGCAUGAGAUCUGCACAGAUAUCAGGAGAGAUGAUCGCUCUCGGAUUAUUACUGACAAUCUUCUGCCCUUACAUGGCUCAUUCAAAAGGAAUACAUAUAGAGGAAAUGAACUUGAACAUGGAAGCUUGGCUGGGGCAGAAUUUAACAAUCCCCUGUGCUCUGGCUAAGGAUGCUGACCAGGAUCUGGAUCUGGAUCUGUCCACCGUGGGUGUCCGCUGGAGCAAAAUAUCACUAAAUAGAAGUAAGACGGAUGUGUAUAAAUUCACAGGUCACAGUCAUGAAGAGAUUAGACCGGGGUCGGCCAUAGACGAGAACGAAUUGAAAAGAGGGAACGCCAGUCUCACCUUACACCAUGUACAGAGAAGUGAUGAAGGGGAAUACUCCUGUACAAUUUUUGUCACUCCUAAUAAAGCGUCAGAUAAAAGGAAUGUGACGGUAUUAGCAAAGCCAAACAUCACCCUCUCCAUAACUGCACUUCCCAUUGAACCUGGAAGGAAGGAAUCUGUUAUUUGUGAAGUCAGCAAGUUCUACCCGGAAGCGGUGAAGAUCCAAUGGGGGAAGCACAAUAAGAGUUCCGGUACCUGGUCUUUAUUGGACAAACCGACUUAUCGAACUGAGAUACAGGAGAACAGCGAUGGGUCCUUCAAUGUGAGCAGCCAGCUGGUGGUGGAACCCUCCAGUCCAGAGGAGAAUGGAGACGUGUAUUAUUGUGUAGUGACACAUGGGUCCUUCAGCCAUGACCAGAAUGUCAGUUUUACUCUGAUAGUAAAAGAGCUGUCUGGUAUAUCUUUUUUGGAAGUAAAGAUGAACAUUAUGUUGAUUGGAUUUGCAGUUUUGGUGGGUUCAGCUAUUUGGCUUUUCCUAUAUGCAUCACCAGAGGUUUCGGAGAUAGUCGGACUGGAUGAUUUGGUUCAUAUGCAGACGUCCUCCCUGACCUUCAUGGUUUCCGGUUUCAGGCUAAAAAAUAUUGAAAUACAUCUUUACUUGAAGAGAACUGACAGCCGGGUGAAGAUCAAGUCCUGGAAAUACCCGCUACCUCCACCGACAAUACAAUAUAAAGGAGACCCUAAGGGGGGAGAAAGUCUUAGCCUGGCCUACAACCAAGUUGGCUCUUCCUUGGAAAGUGAAAUACAGCCUCUCAAACCAAGGGGAUCUUUCCUGUCCUACAGCUGCCUGUGUUCUACCGACAUAACUCCUGACAAAGACAGCGACGAAGGGGCAAAACUUGUUGUAGAAGUGAUCCAUUCGGCUAAAAAAAAAGUAAAUAGUGUUAUUGUAUGCCAGAAGAUGCAGAUAAGCGAAGCUGAACAAGUUGGGGAACCAAUUCCACUGAAGCAUCAAGAGCACCAAGUUGGCCAGUAGAUGGAGCUCCAAAUGAACUUCUACCGUCCACCUCCUUCAAUUGUGUGAGCAGAAUAAAGUCCUACAAACCCCCGACCAAUGACCAUAAAUGAAGAAGUGUUGAAGAUGAUCUGUAAAACACUACACCAGUUCUGUAGUAAAAGCCCGGAAUGGGGGACACCAGGAAAACAUUCCAAUUCAAAGUUACCACCAAAAGUCCUAAAAUAGGAGAGUGGAAACGGAAAAGAUCAGCAAGACCAGCAAUUCAGGCCCUUCCAACCCUUUCUGGGUGAAAUGGAUUCCUCUAUGGCCCAGAGGAGAAAUGUAACAGUUCCCAGAUUCUUACUGGCUGCCCUAAAACACCCAGUUUUGGGGCAAAUCAUUCAGAUUUAGUAUCAGUCCAGGUUGGCAUGAUCUGGUCUACUCAGUCUUAAUUCUAUGUAUUUUUUUUUUUAAUUAUCAAAUCCCAAUUCAUAACAGAUCUCUCAGCAACUUUUACAAGUCUACAUAAAUACAUUUCUGACACAUGAAA